AUCCUUAUCUUAAUAUAUAUUCCAAGCAAUAAGCUCAAAAUAUACAUUCAUCGUGGCAACCGCUCUGUUUCUAGAUAAUCAUUGCAGAGUUCACACGACCUUUAUAUACCCCCUUAAACUGGGGUUUUUGUUGGCAAAACAGAUUUGAAGUUCGUUCAGACAUUCAACAUGUUACCAAAAGAUUGUCUUUCUAUCAUUCUGUCCCUCACUUCCCCAGAAGAUGCAUUAAGAGCAUCCUUAGUUUCGUCGUGUUUUCGAUCGGCAAGUGAUUCGGAUUUGGUCUGGGAAAGGUUUCUUCCUUCGGAUUAUGCUGAAAUCGUGUCGAAUUCGGUCACUCCUCUCAUGUUUUGUUCCAAAAAGGAACUGUUUCAGUGUCUGUCUGACUCAGUUCUGAUUGAUGGUGGUAACAAGGUUUUCAAGUUGGAGAAAUCAUCAGGCAAGAUAUGUUACAUAUUAUCUGCAAAAGAACUUUCCAUCACAUGGAGCUCCAAUCCCUUGUAUUGGAGCUGGAUAUCCAUGGCUGAAUCAAGAUUCUGUCGAGUGGCAGUGCUAAGAACAACAGAUUGGUUAGAAAUAGGCGGGAAAAUAAGGACUAAAAUGCUGACCCCAGAUACAACAUAUGGGGCUUAUCUUAUAAUGAAAAUCUCAGAGCGUGCGUAUGGGCUUGAUUCGAUGGCAUCAGAGAUAACAUUGGAAGUGGGAAACCAGGUCUGUAGCAGCAAUGUAUUCCUGCAGCAUGGAGAGGACAGCAAAGAGAUGGGAAAUUUGGGUAAUGAGAAGGAAGGAAGUGUGAGAGAAAGGGAAGAUGGGUGGAUGGAAGUUGAGUUGGGAGAGUUCUAUAGUGGGGAAAAGGAUGAACAAGUGAAGAUCAGUUUGAUGGAGGUCAAGGGUUGCCAUCUAAAGGGAGGCCUUUUAAUUGAAGGCGUUGAAUUCAGGCCUAAACACUGAUGAAGAAAGGAGAAAUCUGUGUAUUACUUUUCAAUGCAUUAAUUAUAAUCAUUCCAUUCAUUGAUGAAUUAUGAAAA